AUGGGUGUCCUCCAGAAGCUCAACCGCAAGGCCGGCGUCAUCGUCGGUGACGACGUCCUGCGUCUCUUCGAGUACGCUCAGGAGAAGCAGUUUGCUAUCCCUGCCAUCAACGUCACCUCGUCGUCCACCGUCAUCUCCUCUCUUGAGGCCGCCCGCGACCAGAACUGCCCCGUCAUCCUGCAGAUGUCGCAGGGUGGUGCGCAGUUCUUCGCGGGCAAGGGCGCCAACAAUGACGGCCAGAAGGCUUCGAUCGCCGGCUCCAUUGCCGCGGCCCACUACAUCCGCAGCAUUGCGCCCACCUACGGCAUCCCCGUGGUCCUGCACACCGACCACUGCGCUAAGAAGCUCCUGCCUUGGCUCGAUGGCAUGCUCGACGAGGAUGAGCGCUACUUCAAGCAGCACGGCGAGCCUCUUUUCUCCAGCCACAUGAUCGAUCUGUCGGAGGAGCCUGUCGACUACAACAUCCAGACCACCGCCGCCUACCUGAAGCGCGCUGCCCCGAUGAAGCAGUGGCUCGAGAUGGAAAUCGGUAUCACCGGUGGUGAGGAGGACGGCGUCAACAACGAGGACGUCGACAACAACUCCCUCUACACCCAGCCCGAGGACAUCCUGGCCAUCCACAACACGCUGUCCCCGAUCAGCCCCUACUUCUCGAUCGCGGCUGGCUUCGGCAACGUGCACGGCGUGUACAAGCCGGGCAACGUUCGCCUGCACCCGGAGCUGCUGCAGAAGCACCAGGCUUUCGUGAAGGAGAAGACCAGCUCGCCCAAGAACAAGCCCGUCUUCUUCGUCUUCCACGGCGGCUCCGGCUCGUCCAAGGCCGAGUUCAAGGAGGCCAUCAGCUACGGCGUCGUCAAGGUCAAUGUCGACACCGACAUGCAGUACGCCUACCUGUCCGGCGUGCGCGACUUCGUCCUCGGCAAGAAGGACUACCUCCUCAAGCAGGUGGGUAACCCGGACGGCGAGGACAAGCCCAACAAGAAGUACUUCGAUCCCCGUGUUUGGGUCCGCGAGGGUGAGAAGAGCAUGAGCAAGCGUGUCCAGGAGGCCCUUGAGGACUUCAACACUGCGGGCCAGCUGUAA